AAUUCAUGUUGCCACAGUUACUAGGCGCGAACGAUUGAGGUUGAGAAGGAGUGAUGGCAACUACUGAUUCUUUGAUAUCUUUAGAGUACAUCAACCUCUCUGAUGUAUUGCGACACUUGAAGCAUUAUAUGUACAGGAUCAGGAGGGAGAAUGGGUUUGAUUUGUCUGGUCCAGAAAAACCCUGGGGUGAAUUCACAGCUGCUAAAGGAGGAUCCUAUUAUUUCAGUUAUUAUCAAGACCAGCUCCUUGAGAGUAUGCUUGAUUCUUACUCAAAGCACAGAGAAGGAAAGGUUUUUGACAACAUUUGUGAGCUUUUGGCCUCAAGACCGACCUUACUUGGAAGGAUAAGAGGACCUCUUGAUCUACUGGAGCAUCAAGAGGUUGAAGAUAAUGUCUCUAACGAGUCAACAAGACUCAUACUGACAAUUGCACAAAUACUUAUUCAAGAAGUUAGCCUCAAGCAUCAUGCAUGAUAUAUCUAAAUAUCU